AUGUACGAAGACGAUGCAAAGAAGCGGCGGAAUUUGGAGAUUCAAAACCAAGCCGCACAGGCCAUUCAGCGGAAAUGGCGGCUGUAUAUUCAAGAACGCGACGAUGGGCGUGAGCGCGGGAAGUCGAUUUCGCAGCUGACGAAGCCGGUUUCGAUCGAAAUGGAGUCAUCCUCGACAAUGUCAACCGCGGUGACCGCGAGGUCCACGCAGGCCACCCUUUUCCAGGAAUACGAAACCCUUCUUACCCAGCGAACGGCGAUAAUCGAUCAUAAUUUGAUUUAUCAACAUCGAAUCGCCUGUCAUUUUGCCGAGCAGCGGGCGCGGAAAGGGGAGGACCGUGCCCUUCCCAACCUCGCCCCGCCGGAGGCCGAGAGGCAAUACUGGGGACUCGUUCGCAAACUUCAUGAAGAGAAAAACCGCCUGCUGGGAAAGCGUCAGGCCGCCGAGGAAUCCCUUUUGCAUUUGCAAGAACGCUUUCAAGCGACCAUUGAUGGCGUCCUCGAGCAAGAGGGAGAAUUCCGAGAGUUCAUCCACGAAGUCGCCAAGCGGGCCGCCUUCACGCAUUCCAAUCGUCGAAUUCCUGCCGAGGAUGUGAAGUCGUUUUUAGAAAAUGAUGAAAAACAGCGGGGGAAUAUCCGAAAGGCGCGGAUUCGCUACCUUCAGCUUAAAAAUGAAGUCAAACGAUUACGACAUCUCGCCUCACAAGGGGCGGGUGGGGGGUCGAACGAUGGGAUGUAUCUCAUCGACCUUGAGCAGCUUAAAAUCGAGAACGCAAACUUAAACGAAAAGAUCGAAGAGCGCAACGAUGAUAUCGCGAAACUACGUCGAAAAGUCACGACGACAGUGCAUGUCCUGACGCAUAUGCGGGAAAAGUUAGAGUUUAAACGGGAGGAGAACUCUGAGCUCCGUUUUCAAGUUGCUGCGAUCGAGGAAGAGCUUGGUGGGGUAAGGGACCAACUAGCUCAGUCGAAAAAGCGUCGGGAUGAGUUUCUGAACAGCAAUUUACGCAUGCGCGAGAAAAUCCCACUGGUCGGCUCCGAAAACCUUCUAGUGGAUUACGAACAGCGGAAGGCUUGUAUUAAUGAUAGCCGAAUCCGCGUUGUGGAGUUAACCAAUGCGCAUAUAGAGUUGGUGAAGCAGAUUAAACAGUACAGCAUAGAUGUGGAGAAGCUAAUGCGGGAGCUGAGCCAUUACCCCGCGAUGAGCACCGCGGCGCAUUAA